CGCAGCCUGAGCUCCCCCUUUUGGUUUGGAGGUCUGCUCUGCGGCGGAUUCCGUGGCCCUGGUCGAUUCUCACUUGCAAAGCUGGGGUGCUGCUGGGAGUAGUUGGGCUUCAGCUCUGGACUUGGGAGCUGGGCUGUUGCACAAAAGGCUUGAAUUUUUUUUUGUGGGUUGCUCCUAUUUGUUGUUGCCGAAGAAAAGAGGAGGUGGAUAAGAACUGUAGCUAUGGGGAAGUGCCCGAAUCACAAAAAUAGUCAUGGCAAACAUUACUCUCAUAAGUCGGCCCGGAGGACGAAAUUCGAGAAGAAAGGUGACGACAUGAUUCACACAGAACUUCGCAAAGUGGAGACACCGAAAUCUAAGGAGCUCGAUCCAGAUUUGCCGGGCAUGGGCCAGUUCUAUUGCCUUCACUGCGAUCGUCACUUCACCAACACCACCAUUCGCGACGAACAUUACAAGACAAAGAAGCACAGAAGAAGGGUGAAGUUGAUGGAGGGACCUGCUCCCCAUAAUCAGAUCGACGCCGAAGUAGCUGCUGGAAUGGGCACCCCUGACAACGGCCCUAAACUACGUGUAGGAGAAGAUUUCGCCUUGGAUAUGUAAGUUUUGAGCUUCCAAUAGGGUUAGGGGGGAAAAGAAGGGAAUGUAUAAAUACGGAACACUGCUGCUGUGUCUAUCACAACCAGCAGUAGUUUUCCACCUUCUGGAACGUGUGUUAGAUCCUGGUGGCAUUGCGAAGUAUUCUCUUUGUAGAAGUGUACGAGAGAGUCAUCAAACCAGAGUUGCAAUCUUGUGAAUUUGCAGCGCUUGUUUUUGAGUUCAAGCACACAUCUUCAAGCUAUGAAUUGGUCAAGCUAUACAGAAAAAAUUGAAUGAAUAUGGAUUCUUUACA